CAUAUCUUACUAGAAUUUUAAAGGAAAACAGGAUAGGGAGAUACAAAAUGGAAAAGGGGAAGGGGCAAUAAAAGUAAAAUGAUUUUGACAACAAAUGCUCUGCAUCACUAGAUUACAGAUAAUAGUCUUUACAAAUUUAUAACUCAUAGACUAUAACUAAUAAUUUGCUAGUACAAUUUUAUAAUAUCAAAUUCGGGAACAGUCCCCAAGAUCAUAUACGCAAUCAUGAUUAUGCAUUAAGCCAAUCAUAGAAGUUUCCAAUGAUUUUCUUCAUCACUUGAUAAUUUACCUUUAAGGCAAAACGCCAAUAAAUCUACUUCGGCUAUUUCUAAUAUUUUAAUUAAAAUAGUUUCUUAAACACCCUCCCAAGGGAGGACCAGGGUCCCUCUAAACACAAGCACUUCUUCCCAUCUGGAUACGGCUGCAUUCAGCUCUUCGUCCGCCGCUCCCUCGAAACGGAAGUCCCAAAUCUCACCGGAAACGAGAGCGCGCGAGUGCCGUUCUAGCCUCGGCCUCUCUGUGGUUCUUCCCUAGCCCAGAUGGCCGCCACAGCGGUCGUGCUGGCCGCAGCUCUGGGUGGAGGGUUGCUUCUCCUAGCCCGGCGCCUCUGGGGGGCGGCUGGGAAGGUCCCGCGCAGCGUGUCCGCCGCCUCGAUGGAAGGCAAGACGGUGAUCAUCACCGGCGCGAACAGCGGCCUCGGACGGGCUACGGCGGCGGAGCUGCUACGGCAACACGCGAGGGUCAUAAUGGCUUGCCGGGACCGCGGCCGCGCUGAAGAGACAGCGCGCGAGCUCCGCGCCCAGCUCGGCCUGUGCUCGCGGGGAGGGGGCGAGUGUCGCGGGGAGCUCCUGGUGCGAGAGCUCGACUUGGCCUCGCUCCGCUCAGUGCGCAGCUUCUGCCAGCAGGUGCUGCAGGAACAGCCAAGAGUGGAUGUCUUGAUCAACAAUGCAGGGAUAUUCCAGUGUCCCUACACAAAGACAGAGGAUGGUUUUGAGAUGCAGUUUGGUGUCAACCAUUUAGGCCACUUCUUGCUUACACAUCUCCUCCUGGGGCUUCUCAAAAGCUCAGCCCCCAGCAGGAUUGUAGUGGUUUCCUCCUCCCUUUACAAAUAUGGAGAGAUCAACUUCGACGACUUGAACAGCGAGCUGAGUUACAACAAAAGCUUUGCUUACAGUCGAAGCAAACUGGCUAACCUCCUGUUUGUCAGAGAGUUGGCCCGACGCUUAGAAGGCACCGGAGUCACUGUCAAUGCCCUCCAUCCCGGUAUUGUCAGAACAAAUCUAGGCAGACACAUACAGAUUCCUUUACUGGUAAAGCCCCUCUUUAAUUUGGUGUCUUGGGCUUUCUUCAGAUCCCCCUUGGAAGGAGCCCAGACAUCUAUUUAUCUGGCCUCCUCUCCAGAAGUAGAGGCUGUCUCUGGGAAAUAUUUUGGAAACUGCAAGGAGCAGCCACUACUGCCUAAAGCCACAGAUGACUUAGUGGCAAGGAAACUGUGGGAUAUCAGCGAAGUGAUGGUGGGGCUGCUAAAAUAAGGGGAGGCACCAAAUAAGUAUAUUGUGUAUAUUUAUUUAUUUUGAGACCUUACCAUUUCCUGCCUCGAUUGUCCUUUCCCUACUGAGACACAGGAAACAGAGUUUUGUGUCCACAGUUGGGAAGAAUAAUAGCAAGCAAUAUGCAGGAUCUCUCUGUGUAUGUUUUUUUUUUAAAGAAGCUAUUCUUUGUAUUAAUGAAAUGUCAUAUUUAGAGAGAAGAUUUAAAGAGAAAAUCCAGUAUAUUUCUGUUUUGAGAAAAAAGGUAGCUGUUCAACAAAGGGGAAGAUGUCUUGUUUCUAAUAUAUAUGCUGGCUAUUCAGAGCUUUAUGUCUGAAUCAGCUGUGCAUGAUGCUGUACUUGAAAUGUGUGGCAGCUUUGUCUCUGUAUCCUUAGAGGAAUGCUAGGCGUAUGAGGGAAGGGAGAGAAAUGUCUUGUGAGCACAGUGUCUGUCUGCCUGCUUUGGUGAGGAAACCCCACUAUAUAUACACACAGAGACAGUAUGGGAAAACCUGACUUGCAGUGAAGUAACACUGUUGCUCACUGGUACACCAGAUGAUAUAGGAGCAGAAGCCAGGAUACAGUUGAACAUUUAAAAGUCUUGCAGAAGGUACAGCUCAAAAAAACUUAUUUCCAUCCAUUUCACCUCAUUGCUAGUUUCCCUUACCCCUCCUUUAAAAAAAAAUAGCUCUGUCGGGCAUCUCAGAUAUUGGCCUGAACCGUUACAUUUAUGAUACAGCAAGGCUGAAGCCUGCUGCUCUGGAAACACAUGCCCAAGGCCAGGUGUGGCCAAGCCACUUUUGAGGUAUCUCAAGCGUGCACGUAUUAAGUAGAUGAUUUGUAUUUCCCAAAAUCAAGCCGCCAGGACUUGGCAAGGCCGAUGAGGCUGCGGUCCUAAGCAGCAUAGCAUAAUAAACCUUGCUGAAAUCUAUAAUUCUUGCCUCAACAUCAAAUAUAUGGCACAAGGUUCUUCACAACUGCAAGCGUUCACCUGCCCAGAGUUGUCUCAGGGGUUAGUAUUCCUCGGUCCUUCUUUCAGAGAAAGAAGUUUUGGUACUAUAUUAAUAGAUAUGAAUUGAAGAUCACAUUAAACCGGAAACUGAGAGCUUGGCCUCUGUGCAUUUAAUCAGAAAAAAGUGAGGUCACUGAAGAAGUAUGUGUAAACUACAAGUCCCAAACCACCUAAAGCUACCAUCUGUUCCUCAUUAUAGUACUACCAAGUGGUUUUUGCGGCCUCAAUGAGCGUGCUUCCAUUUGACAACGUACUGCUUUUAAAUACAGUGGGUUGGAUCCCAAGGUACUCUUAUGUGAGCGGAAGGCAGUUCCAUGCACACAAUGGUGGGGGGAGGGUCCCUGCAAUUUCCACUAAUUCACCACUCAAGAUGUAGCCCCCUCCAUAUUGUGGGCUGCCUUGUUCCUGACCCUCCAGAGUAGUUUUUUGGAGGGAGAAGGAGAGCUGCAGACAGGGAAGAGCGGGAAAGGUCUAUAAUGCCUAUGGACUUCUGCUUGCGGUUCGAUCUGAUAGAACAAAUACUGAUCCUGAGUGUGUUCCAUGAAGAAAUAUGUUGUAGUGAAUCUGAGACAAGUGUGUGAAUGGUUUUGAGUGGUUUCCGGCUUCCUGCCUCAGGAGAAUAGCCCAUGUCUUCCUGAGCCAUUCCGUUAGAAGUUGGUAUUCAGGUUUGGGUGCUUGUUCAGUAGCACUGGCAUGAAUUUUAUAUGUAUAUAUAGACAUAUAUAUAUAAAAUAUAUGAACACACACUACUAAAUGUGUCUAAACUAGACGUGUAUUGCACCAGCUAGAAAUUCUGUAUAUUGAUUCUCAGAAGUUUCAGUUACAUAAAUGUGCCUCAUUUUGUUCUUCUUAAAAAAAGAUUAUAUCUGAAAUUAAAAAUGUAUCAAAACCA